AUGCUUGUUCUCAUCGCUGGCGCGACCGGCAACAUUGGUCUGAAGCUCGUCGACAGCCUCCUCCGCCGUGGCCACUCUGUCCGCGCUCUGGCGCGGAACCCACAGCGCAUCCCUGCCUCCACGGUCGCGCAGCUCGAGAGCGUCGUGCAGUCCACCACCUACUACGACAUUGCCGCGCUGGACCGUGCAUGCGCGGGCGGCGUCGAUGCCGUGGUCUGCGCCUACAGCGGCAUCCCCGAGCUGCAGCUCGAGGGCCAGCUGCUGCUCCUCCGCGCCGCCGAGCGCAGCGGCAUAAGACGCUUUCUCGCCGCAAGCUGGAACUACGAUUGGAGCGAGAUGCAGCUCGGCCAGUCCGAGAGCUAUGACCCGUACAUCAGCUUUCGACGCCACGUCGAGAUGUCGUCGUCCAUGAAGCCGAUGUACAUUUUUUGCGGCGUACUGGCCGAGGUCUUCUUCUCCGUGCCGGGCCACGGCGACUUUUCGCCCCGCAACCACGGCGUGUGGGACCCGGAGAGCAAGAGCAUGGAGAUUUGGGGCUCUGGCUCGGAAAAGUGGCAGUGGACGACGGAAGGGGACGCGGCGGAGUUUGCUGCGGAGAUUGUGACGCGGGACGGCGCCGAGGACGGGGGCAUGUGGAGGGUCUGCUCAGAGUCGCAUUCGCUGACGGAGAUUGCGGAUGUAUAUGAAAAGGUAAAGGGCAAGAGUGUUGGGCGAAGAGCGAUGGGAUCGGUCGAAGAAUUGAGAGACGAGGCACACGCGGCGAGGGCGCGCGGGUCACUAAGCAACUUUUGGGAGUACAUUGGGUGGAUUUACCAGCUUUAUACUGUGGACGAUGAACAGAACCUGUCACGUCGCGUCAAAGAAUACCAAAUGAUCCCGAAUGUUGUUGGCGAUAGCAGCUAG